CUCUCCUCCACGCAUCCUCCUGCCUGCCUGCGCUGCACGCUUCGCCUCUUUAAAUUCGCACUAAACUCUAUUUGCAUUGUACUUCGCCCUUUGGAUACACUGCUGGAUUUUUUUGUGCAGAGCUUGCUGUGUGCUGUGCGCUCCUCGGAGACCAAACAGUAAAGGAUGGUCGGUCAGCAGAAGUGUUGGGACGCUUUUCUCGUCCCGCUGCCAACAUUUUAAUCGCUCUGGGGCCAAAUAAACCUCGCUGACAGAGAAAUUAGUCCACCUCUCUUGUUUUUUUCUCCCUCUCUCCUUUUCCAUCUCCUUUAUACACUACCCACGCGUGGAUGGAGGUGACGCUGUGCAGAAUUGAUGCCAAAUAGUAAACAAGUGUAAAUCUGCGGAGAAGUUUGACUGCGCAUCGUCUUGUGUGGAAUGGGAGAUGGAAUGUGCUACUGCUUUGCAAUGAGCCGACUGUGGGUCUGUGUCCUGCUUGUGAGCAUCACCUGCCGUCUGAGCCUCACCCAGGAAGUGACUGGAUCUUCCAAGGAGGCCGAAAUAAAUGACAAUAUCACCAUCUUCACACGCAUCCUGGAUGGACUGUUGGAUGGAUAUGACUACAGACUCCGCCCUGGACUGGGAGAAAAGGUGACAGAGAUCAAAACCAACAUCUUCGUCACAAGCUUUGGUCCGGUUUCUGACACCGAGAUGGAAUACACGAUUGACGUGUUCUUCCGACAAAGCUGGAAAGAUGAACGACUUUGCUUUAAAGGCCCGAUGGAGAUGCUUGCCUUGAACAAUCUUCUUGCCAGCAACAUCUGGACUCCGGACACUUUUUUCCUCAACGGGAAGAAAUCCAUCGCUCACAAUAUGACGACGCCAAACAAGCUGCUGCGGCUGCAGGACGACGGGACUCUGCUGUACACCAUGAGACUGACUAUAUCAGCAGAAUGCCCCAUGCAGCUGGAGGAUUUCCCAAUGGACGCCCAUGCCUGCCCCCUUAAAUUUGGAAGCUAUGCGUAUCCGGUCUCAGAGGUGGUCUACACCUGGACUAAGGGUGCAGCCAAGUCAGUGGUGGUGGCAGAGGAAGGCUCUCGACUGAACCAGUACCAUCUGAUCGGUCAGUCUGCAGGAACAGAAGACAUCUACACCAGCCGAGGUCAAUACACGGUGAUGAUGGCUCACUUCUACCUGAAGAGGAAGAUCGGCUACUUUGUCAUUCAGACCUACAUGCCCUGUUUCAUGACUGUGAUCCUGUCACAAGUUUCUUUUUGGCUGAACCGUGAGUCUGUUCCUGCACGGACUGUCUUUGGUGUGACCACAGUGCUCACCAUGACCACUCUCAGCAUCAGCGCUCGAAACUCGCUGCCUAAAGUGGCUUACGCUACAGCCAUGGACUGGUUCAUCGCAGUGUGCUACGCCUUCGUCUUUUCAGCCCUCAUUGAGUUCGCCACAGUGAAUUACUUCACUAAGAGGAGCUGGGCCUGGGAUGGAAAAAAGGCAAUGGAGGCCCAACAACCCAAGAAAAAAGACCCUCUGGCUCUGUCUAAAAAGCCCAACAACACCUGUUCAGCUGGAGUGAAUUACACAGCCAACCUAACCAAGGAUGCAUCCAUCUCUACUAUUUCAAACAGCACGGCUGUUCAGCUAAAAGCCUCCGAAACCAAGGCCCCAGACCCCAAAAAGACUUACAACAGCGUGAGCAAAAUCGACAAGAUGUCCAGAAUAGUGUUCCCGGUGCUGUUUGGGACCUUCAACCUGGUCUACUGGGCCACGUAUCUCAACAGGGAACCAGUGAUCAAAGGAGCUGAGUAAGCUCUGCCAUCAUUCAUCUUCCUGACCACCGCUUCAGGAUAUAAUAACUGGAUCCCAUCAAAUUCUAAGACAAGCACUUAGUCUUUGUAUCAUAGCUGUGGAUUUUUAUAUUAUCAAAGUACAGAUUUUCCACUACCAUAUAUUCUUCUCUGAUUCCGAUUACACGACCUGAAUCUGCAAACUGGCCAGUUCUGAGUACCAAUCUGAUACAAGACCAAGCUAUCAACUAACCCUACUUAUCACCUUGCUAAGAGAUUGAAUGUCAGCUAAUUUCCUUUUAUUACUAAGUUUUACAGUAAGUCACAACUAAGAAAAGAACAGAUAAAUACAUUAAGGAACAAAUAAUAAAUCCAUUUGGAGUUCUACUCGUUUCUGUUUAAUAGUGUUAGAGAGAAACUGUUUUUUUUUUUUAAAUAUAAAUCUGCUUUAUUUAGUGUUUUCUCUGGUUUUAAUCACAAGGUCAGUAUGUUUAAGAAAGGAAGAGAUCUGUUUGCUUAAUUUGGCUCCCAUGAAAAAAACCUCACAAAACAUUGAAAAAACACAGACCUAAAAAACAAGCAAAGCUAAGAGCUGGGUUUGCAGACCCUCAAGAUUUUCCACUGAAAUAAAAUGACAUCUUUUAGGGCUAAUAUUUUUUGUAUCCAAUCAGUGCAGAGAAAGCUGUGCAAUCUCACAUGUUAGAUGAUGUUAGAUGAUAUCAGACGCAUAUUCCGGUUCUGGCAUCGGUAUCAGAAGAACUCUUCAUCAGAUAACAUUUGCAUGUCUGUCGCUUCAGGGACAUGUUGCCAUGUUUGCCUUGCGUUUGUAAGUACGUAUAUGAUAAUAUGACUUCUCCUUAAGGACAGAUUAAAUAAAGAACUCAAGUCUGAUUAGUUUUCCAUCUCCUGAUAUUUAAACAUUUUAGCAUUUGGCAUUUAUUGUUUCUCGUCUACUCUACAGUACAGAUGCUAUAGCAAGGCCAAAUGCUAUUCAAACUAUAUUUUGAUUGUGUUACCUGAAUGCAGCUUUUACCUUUCUAACUAUUACUUUGUACAAAUGGGCUGGAUGUCCUCAAUGAAAGGCUGGGCCCAGGCCCAUGGGACUUUGCUUCCUUGUUAAAAGCAGAUGAAUAGCCAUGCUAAAUGUGUUGCCUUCAGAGUGUCAAAGCUCAUUAUGAAUGCACUGAUAUUGCCUGCAAUUGCUUUUUCAGAUUUUCAGAGGCCAAUUUUUUCAACUCUCAGUAAAUUGUUUUUUUUUUUGUUCGUUUUUAUUAAUCUUUUUGUUUCUGUUUAUGUCGAGAUGAAAUGGGGACAGAGUUGAAAGAACAAAGUGUUUCCAGGUCACCAUGUUGAGAAUCCUGUAUGUACUGUACGUAGUUUAACAAACAUGUAUAUAUGCUAUGCUUUUAGAAACGCACCACUAAGCCUGUAAGGUUAGCUUCUAUGUUAUGCAUACACAGCAACACAGUGUUACUCUAGCUUGAGCUUUAGCAAUUUUGACAGAAUAUACAAUGCUUUUUUAAAACACUGAAACAUUUAAAAUAGUUAAGUUUUUUGGAUCAGUUUGUUCUUUCUAUAAGCUUUUAUGAAAACUUGCGAAUGUUAUGAUAAAUAUUCCAAUGCUUUGAGCGGGAUCACUUUUUUGUCAUAAUUUAGAGAAACUUAGAGACUUGUCAUGUUAUAAGGCCGAAGAAAGAGAUAGAAAGUCACAAUUAAAAGGUUGUUGCAUUUUGACCUUUGUUAUCCGUAGGGUUCCAGGUAACAACAUCAAGUAUUAAUAUAAAUGUGUCAUCAUAAGAUGCACAAGGUACCUAUAGAGUCCUUAUCACAUCAGUACAGGUUCCUGCCCUUCUUUGCCUUAAAUAAAGGCAAAUAUUCCCCCCCAAAAUGUGAAAAAAUUGUCAUUAUAUGUAAAAGGAACAGUUUGAAUAUUUAUAACAAUUUGCUUAUUUAUUUACUUUCUGAGACGUAUGUGAAGACGUUGCCACCCUUAUGUUUGUACUUUAAAUAUGUAACUAAAGCCAGGAAAUUGUUGGCUUUGCUUAUCAUAAAAGGCUGGAAACAGCAUUUAAAUUAAAUAUGUUUUCCCUUAAGAGUAAGCCCCUCAAAGGCUCACUGAUACAAAUUCCUACAUUAAAUGUUUUAACUUGGAGAGAACAGAGCCAUUGGUCGGACUAUCCCAGCUGUUGCACAAGCUAAUAUAAUAGCAUACUUAACUGUAUGUAAUACAGUAAUGUAAUAAAAAAACAAAUCUAGUUGUUAUACACAACAUAGUUGUUUUUUUUUUGCUUAGGGACAGUAGAUUAAUUAGUAUUAUUGAAAGUCUGGAAUAAAUCUUUAAUCCAACUCUGUGUUAAGUGUUGAUUUUACAUUCCAAAUGAUCUCACACAUGGGUCCAGCUUGUAAAACAAGUUGCUGAAAGCCAGUGCUCCACAUCUGGAGAAAAAAAUAAUUGGGUUAAAAUGUAUAGUUUGUAAUGAAUAAGUGAACAAGGUUAAAAGUAUCAGUUGUCAACAAGUGAUUCUUGGAUGUGGUGGGAACAGUUUAUUUCUAAGCAGGAUGUACAAGCUUUCCUUAAUAGGAAGGCUUUUAUGAGUUAUUUAAGCUCCUGUGAGGAACUUUUGCAUGUCAUUCCCCUGUCUCUCUCCCUGAUGUCCUACUCUGCCUACUGUCCUAAAGGCUAAUGCUAAAAAACAACAACACUAUUUUACCAGUUUAAUGCAUCAGGCAUGGUCAAUAUUUGCCACUGGAAAAGUAGAAAAAAAAUUCUAGUCCGAAACCUACCCGGUGGCAGCGGUUACAUGCAUCAGUAUCAAUUUCAGUGCGUUUUAUAACCAGUCAAAAACUCUUCACAGGAGCUAUAAACAAUCUUCUAAUCUUACUGUAUGUCUUUGACUUUGUCUUUUUUGUGUUGUUUUAUCUGCUUUCCUUUUUGCCCCUCAACAAUCUAUUUUGAAGCAUCUGCUUUCUUUUCUGGUCAAGGGUUGAAUAAAAUAUGAACGUGAUGAUGAUGUGACUUAAUGCCUUCUGUGCAGCCGGGACACUAUUUAAUGCGUUUAUGGAGCACACAAGAUGUAUUGUAUUAUAACAUUUAAGGUACAGAAUGUUCUUUAAAUGCAAAUAUCUGAAGCAAUAAAUAAUGCUUUCAUUAUGGAUAACUUCUGUUUAUGGUAAAAUGUCAUCAUGUGACUUUUAAUUUGUCUUUUUAUUCCAUUUUUGCAAUAGUCUUUUUCUAUAUUUGACUAUACUUGGAUUCAUUUAGGCUCUGCUCUUCUCUCUUUGGAAGCACAGUGCUCUUCUUUGUUUUGGUAAAAGACCUGUGAAGGGGACUAAUGAAAGGGUCUGAUUCAAACCUUUACUUUUUCCUCGAUUGUUAUGCAUACGUGAUUCCAAAUAAAGCUUCUCUGACUCAA